AUGGCAAGAACCAAACGUGUAUGGAAACAAUCACCUGAGCCUGAGCCCGAGCCCGAGCCGCCUCGAUUCCUGUCAAGGUUUAGGCAACGCAACAAGAAGCCCGUGCCGACAUCUAAAGACAUCCUCUCUAUCCCCGACGAUCCUCAAUCCGGCUCGCCGCUGUUCAGGCUGCUGCCGGCAGAAGUGCGCAACCAGAUCUUUGCCCUUGCUCUCACCGACUACGAGGAUCCUUCCCCAGACAAUCACUAUGAUGACAAUACCUGCUUCACCCGGCCCUCAUACUUUGCGCCGCGCAGGACGGACACGACCCUACUACGUACCUGUCGAGCCGUCUAUCGCGAGUGCAGAUUUCUGCCCUUCAUGUUGACCGAGCAGUUACACUGGCUCUCCUUCGACGAACGUGCGCCUCCGGAGUACGAUGUCGACACUGCCGUCGAUAAGCUGCACGCCACAGCUAGGGAGAUCGCCCAGCAGAUGGGUCAGGAGCAAGUCCAGAUCGAGGGCAUUAGAGCGUUUCCUCAGAUGUUCAAGCUGGAACAGGGUGAACUGGAAAGACUCCUGAGGACGCCUUACAUGGACCCCAAAAGACUCACCAUCACGAUUCGACACGCAGACUGGUGGAAUUGGGAGGAUGAUGCACCGCUCCGCUUCGAGGGUUCCUGGAUUAGCGACGUAAGCGACGAGCUGUCUCCCAGCCUAAACGAGAUAUGUAUCGAGAUGGAGACUCUGGAGCGUAAGAAGCGCCAGGUUGAUCGCAUCGCCAAGAUGAUGAUCGAGCGCUGGUUCUUCAAGAAGCCAGACGGGACCGUUCUCGUUGCCGACACAGAGGGGUCAACCAGGCAGGAGAGUCGGUGGAGAGGGACCAGCCGCUGGCACAACAAGAGAUGGAUCCGCGAUGAGACGGAAGAGGGCGUUAUCGAUUACUACAUUGUGUCUGUGACGUUCAGGCCUCGACAUGUGGUUGAGAGGAACGGAGGCAAGAUCAGUGAGCAUGUGAGCAAACGGGUUGAGACCCACGACUAUGACGAUGAUGAGCUUAGCCUUCGCUUGCCUGAUGAGACUCCGAUGGACUGCCCGGAGCCAUAUAUCUAUGAGUGUGAGGAUUUCGGGUAUUGGUGUGGAAAUGGUGAUACUGACGAUUCGCAGGAUGAUGAGGAGGCAGAGGGGAGUGACGAGGGAAGUGAUGAGGGGGAUGAUGAGGGAAACAAUGGAGAGAGUAAUGAGGACAGCGAUGAAUGGACUGAUGAAGAGAAUGAUGAUGACCCGGCCAAUGGACCAACUCGAGCACAGAGGAGCGGGAACGACAUUGUAAGGAGCAGCGAGGGAACUGAGAGAUUGUAG